AUGCGAAUACCCUAAGCUUACUAUGAAAGCAUGAUGAAAAGAUACAAGAAGUCUAAGCAUGUCGAUUAAACUGAUUAUUCUUGGAUUGAAACUACCAAGAAACCUCUUGUAGAAAGAAUUUAAGAUUUUGCAUAAUGCAAACAAUUAUAAGAUCCCAAGUAUACUCGAAUCAUUUGUGAAACAAUUGAUGCAAUAUUUGAAGCAGCAGUUGCCUUAUUUCAAGAGCAAGACUAAACUCUCUGCGUUCAAUUACUGGGUGAAUCCGAUUCUAUUUAAAUUUGGGAUUUGUGUAUUUAGUGUUGUGAUUAUAUAAUCAAAUCAGCAAAUCCAAAAAUAAUCGAUAUGUUUUUUAGUUAUGAUCAUAUUUUGAUACUUCUAUUUCACAAUCCAGAUUAUGAAAUGUCAAACUAUAUAUAAAUUGGUGUAAUGCAUGCAAUAUUUGAUUGA